AUGGUCCAGUCACCCGAAGCGGAGCCAUUGGUCUCCUUAUGGACGAGAUCUUUGCUUUCUGGUGCAGUGGCCGGGCUCACUGUCGACUGUUCUUUGUACCCUUUAGAUACGAUCAAAACACGCCUUCAGAAAGCUAGACAUCAUGCCCCAUCAGCUCCCGCUGCCAGUCUGUCCCUGAGACAAACCAUCCGAGGAAUAUAUGCUGGUCUCCCUUCCGUCCUCUUCGGCUCGGCACCAUCUGCCGCAUCCUUCUUCAUCGUCUACGAUGGCGUGAAACGUUCUCUUCUGCCGACCUCGAGCUCCGAAGCUCCGUCUCGGACUCACAUAAUCCUUACACACUCUCUUGCUUCUUCUAUGGGCGAGGUAGCAGCUUGCGCAGUUCGCGUGCCUACUGAAGUUGUCAAGCAAAGAGCUCAAGCGGGUCUCUUUGGCGGCUCUAGUCUAUUAGCCUUAAAGGACAUCCUAGCUUUACGCCACUCAGAUGCUGCCCGUGGGAUUAGUGGGGGUUAUGGACAGGUCAUCAGGGAACUGUACCGGGGAGCCGGUAUCACCAUUGCGAGGGAAAUCCCGUUCACCGUUUUACAGUUCACUAUGUGGGAAUCAAUGAAGGAGGCAUAUGCCAAGCGCAUGCGGCAUGCUUCGAAAUCUGGCUCGGACUCUUCCAUAGACCAAGUACCGGCCUCCACAAGUGCUAUGUUUGGCAGUGUCGCCGGCGCAAUUGCCGCGGGGCUUACGACCCCUCUCGACGUUAUUAAGACGCGAGUCAUGCUCGCUCGUCGGGAAGAUGGUGCGGAAGGUGGUCGAGUACGGAUCAAGGAUGUGGUUCAGGAUAUUUCCAAGGAAGGGUUUGGGGCUUUUUGGAGAGGUAUCGGGCCACGAGUGGCCUGGAUCGGUAUUGGAGGUGCUGUGUUCUUGGGUAGUUACCAAUGGGCGUGGAAUUCCCUUGAAAGGAAAAGUAGGUCACAGGACGAAUAA